AAAAGUACUGCAUUCAGCAUAUGUUAAUGUUAACUAAUACUGGCUCAGCAUUGAGCAGGAUUAGAAGAGGAAUGAGGAUGGAGAUAGAAGAAUUGAUAUUAUAUUUAACAGCAAACAAAUCUGAUUUACAGGAUCAGAAUGCAGCAUUAGCAGAGAAUAAGAGAGAGAUAGAGUAUUUGCAAGAACAAAUAUCAUCAACUAGUGUACAGUUACUUAUGAAAAGAGAAGAGAACAAGAAGUAUAAAACUGCAAUAAAAGAUGAAAUAUCUCACAAAGAAAAGAAGUUAUUAGAAGAUGAAGUAGUCUUAGUAGUGAAGGGGCAGGGUGAGACUGAAGAUGAAGAAAAAUUAAUAAAGGAGAGUGAAAAUUUAGACACAUUAUCAUCAUUAGAAAUGGAACCUUGGUUCCAUGAAAAUGUAAAAGAUAAACCAGGUGCUGAUGCAAUAUUGGAGGAUUUUAAACAUAUUCCAGGUGCUUUUAUUGUCAGAAGAAACAUUCUUAAAUAUUUCUUGUCAUUUGUCCAUAAUUUUAGAAUCCAUCAUCUUGGUAUAUCCGAAAUAAAUGAUGAAGGAAAAAUAAAUUAUCGUAUUAGUCGAGAUUCCCCGUCCUUUGUCUCAAUAGUAGACCUCAUUCAUCAUUAUUGUCUGUAUCAUAUCAAUAUUGAUCAAAUCUCUCAAAGGCUCACUGUACCUAUAUCUAAAAAUGAGAAACAGCCAUGGCAUAAACAGCCAUGGUAUAAUGAAGAUGUAUCCAGAAAGAGUGCUGAAUACAUGUUAGAAAGAGUAAUACCUAAGAAAGAUGGUACUUUUUUAGUCCGUCCUUCUAGUCAAGGACACGACACAUGGGCUAUCAGUUUAAUAAGUGGUAAUUCCAUUCGCCAUUUCAAAUUUUUUGGCAAAGAUGGUCAGUUUGAAACAGGAAAUAGGACUUUUGACAGCAUGGUUGAAUUGGUUGAUUUUUACAAACAGAAUCCAAUUUAUGCAGGUACGAAGCUAAAAUAUCCCAUUAAUGAAGAAAUACUAAAUCAAAAAUAUCCCACACACGAGUUCAUAGAUGAUGUACUACCGUAUAGACAGUAAGAAGGAUGGUUCAGAAAUUAUGAUGAAUUUUAAUUUUAUUUUUAAAAAUAUACAUCAAUAAUAAUUGUGGACGUACAAUAAAUGUACUUGUUGUAUAGUUGA